UGAAAAUAAACAUGCUUGCAGAAAAUUUUAUUUAAAAUGAUUGCUAUUUUUUAUAUACUAGAGUAUUAUACGGUUUUAGAUUUCAAGAAAAUUAAAAAGAAGAAUAUAUAGGAUUUGAUGAUAAUCAAAUUGAACAUGAUUACAUUGGUAUUGAUGGCAAUUUUCAUCAGAACAAUUCAAGGAACGUGUUUUGGUAUAAAUGAAGAAUGUAAUAUCACUGUUAAUUAUCAAAGACAUGGUAUAAUCAGCUGUUUUGCUGGAAGAGUUAUCAACAUUAGAAGGACACAAUGGCAUUACUCGUUUUCUUCGAAUAACUCCUACGUUAAAGACACGCAAGACGAGAGAAAUACUAAAAGACAUUGCAAUUUUGAAAAGCAGUGUAUCCUCGUUGCAGAUAAGAAAUACAGAGAUUUAUGCAAUCAGAAAAUGUGGGUUGACGAAUGGUCACGAAAAAAAUUAACGGUUGCCUAUACGUGUGUAUAUUUUAAAGGAUUUGAUUACUGGAGUUCAUGGAGUUCUUGGACUGGUUGCAGUAAUGAAAAGCAACAUCGGGGAAGAGUAUGUAAUGAUCCUCCUGGUAAAUCAUGCUCUCCCUCCAGUUGUGAUAGUAAGGGUUAUAGAGAUCAAAAUGUGACUAGAAAUUGUACCCGGUCAACGUUUGGACCUUCCACUAUCUACAUCUCUCCGACUACUGGUCAAACACACCAACCAACAACACCUACAAUGUUUUGUCCAGUGGAGAUAGUUGGGCGACCAGACUACAAGGGUCGAUACAAAUUUAACAGAUCAUCAGUUAACACAACGAUAAACAUAGCCUGCAAAUACGGUGGCUUGGAAAAUAGAUACAACAACGUGACAAGAAAAUGCAUUUUGAAUUCAAAGAAUCAAGCUGAAUGGCAAGAAUUGGAUUUGUCAGCAUGUGCUGCAAAGAAUAAAAUAUCUAAUGCACUGAUACAAGCCGAUAAAAUAAAUGUGACAGAAAAGAACGUUCUCGAAGUUUCAAAGUCAUUAGCCAACAUCACUGCGUAUAACAACCAAGCUGCAAUUCCAGAAGAUAUUGAUCGUAUUGUCAGUAUUAUGGAAAAAUGUCUAUCUGUUGAGUCUGAGGAUAGCCAGGUAAGCCCUAACAUAUUAGAGACAGUAGGACAUGUGAUGGACUUCAAAGAAGAAGUAACAAAGAAAUCGAAAUCGACAUCAAGAAUACUUCUUCAAUUGAACAGUAUUGCUCAAAAUGCAAUUACAAAUGAAAAAUAUAUGUCCUUUUCAAGUAAAAAUAUUGCAUUAGACAUGUACAACAAUAUCGAAGCCGACGAUGUAUAUGUAUCUUCCUUAGAGUUCGCAGACCAACAAAGCAUAAACAUAUCAAGAAAAGGAGCUGCCGAAAGGGAUAAGAAUGUUUAUAUUCCAAAGUCGGUCUUUAAAUCGAAUCCUGGUUCUGCCAUUAUAUAUUCUUAUAGUUUUGGUAACCCCAACUUAUUUGUGGCAAAUGAAAAAAACAAAAAAACCUAUACCAAACAAGAAAAAAAUCGCAAUGCAAAAAGACCGCUCGAGAAUAGUAUAUUCUCUGUUAGUAUUCACAACCACACAAUCAAAAACUUGAAAGAGCCUAUAGAGUUUUCUGUAAAGGUGUUAAGUAAUGUGUCGAGAGUAAAAUGCGUGUACUGGGAUGACAAUGAAGGGAUAUGGUCAACUUCAGGGUGCAGAAGUGAAGGCAUCUUUACAUCAAACGAUCGACGUUUUGUGAGGUGUAAGUGUGACCACUUAACCAACUUUGCAAUAUUGCUGGAUGUAGAUCAAUCAUCUUCAUCUCCAUUGGAUUUAAAGAUUGUUAGCUUUGUUGGUUGUCUUUUAUCUGUUGCUGCUUUGUCUUUUACAAUUAUUGUCCAUCUUGCCAUAAGAAAUCUCCGGAAGAAGUAUCCGCAGAAGAUACUGAUCAACUUGUGUUUCUCAUUGUUACUACUCCUUAUCACAUUCCUUAUCGGUGCAGAAAACACAUCAUCGAACAAGUUGUGCCAUGUUACUUCUGUUUUCAUUCAUUUCUUCACAUUGUCAUCUUUUGCAUGGAUGGCUGUGGAAUGUGUUGGCUUGUUUCGAAGUGUUAUAUACGCAUUAAAAAAUCAAGGGAAAGGAAAACGGUUUUUCUGGACUUCUUUUCUUCUAGCUUGGGGUAUCCCAGGUAUGAUAGCUGGAGUAGCUAGUGUUUAUUCGAAAGCACAGUUUAUAGAAAAGAAUGCCUUCUGUGUUGUGCGUGGGAAUGUUUUCUAUUAUGCAACUUUGUUACCAGUCUGUUGCAUCAUCAUAUUUAAUUUCGCAAUAUUUAUACCCAUCAUGAAAAGCAUCCAAAAUCAUAUCACCAUAAAGUCAAAGUUUCAAUCCAAAGAAUUUUUUGGUCGAAGAAUAAGAAUAACAUUUUCUUGUUCGUUGCUUCUCGGAUUGACGUGGGUGUUUGGACUUUUUGCUGUUGGAGAUUUAAGAUUACCAUUUCAGUGGAUUUUUGCUGUAUUGAAUUCGCUGCAGGGAUUAUUUAUCUUCAUAUUUCACACAGUUAAAAAUGUAGAGGUGCAGAGAUAUUGGAGAUUGGCCAUUAGUAUGUCAAAGUACAGAAACAGUACGACGUCCAAACAAAUAGUUUCGUCAACAAAUGUAUCGCGCACGUCAACUCAAAUGAAUCAUCACUUACAUUUAAAUCAAAUUUCGAGCAAUUCUAAUCGACAAUCCAAAUGAAGAUGUAAGCCAUAUGCUUAAAGCGGUUCAUCCAGCAUGGAAAAUAUGAUAAAGCUUGUAUAUAACUGAUAGUGAUGCACUAGCUAAAGCAUUUAGACUUAGGUUAACACUUUCUAAUAUAAAAGGAAAAAAGGCAUAGAAUUAGUUGAAUUUUCUAAAAAUGUAGUUAUGAAACUGUUAUAAAUUUAUGAUAUUCUGUAAGAUAUAAAACCGUUUGUAAAUAAACAAUUAAAGAUA